AAUUGCUGAUAGAAAGACUAGUAGAUAAGAUGCAACAGGUAACAAAAGAGUUAUCUUUUUAUUUUGCUUGGAUAAGGCUUUCUCCUCCUUGGGUGCGGCAUUUCGCACACUCACUGCGUAACAAUGGCUUCCACAGUCACCUCCUCAUUCCAAAUCAGCAAUUUGAAGUCUGGUUUCUUGGGUGAGAGAAAUAAAUUCAGAGGUUCAAGUGUUCCUUCUGCUGCUCAUGUUGGUUUCUCUAGAAAGACUACAGAAUGUAAGGAAUCACGGAUCGGGAAGCAACCGGUUGAUGUUCCAUCUAAUGUUACUAUCAAAUUGGAAGGGCAGGAUAUAGCAGUGAAAGGUCCUCUGGGGGAACUUGCAUUAUCUUAUCCUCGAGAAGUCUUGGUUGAGAGGGAAGAGUCAGGAGCUCUAAGAGUUAAGAAGGCCGUCGAAACUAGAAGGGCGAAUCAAAUGCAUGGGCUUUUUAGGACACUUACAGACAACCUGGUUGUUGGAGUAUCUAAAGGUUUUGAAAAGAAGCUUCAGCUUGUUGGCGUUGGGUAUCGUGCUACGGUAGAAGGAAAUGAUGUAGUCCUGAAUCUUGGAUUUUCUCAUCCUGUUAGGAUGACAAUCCCUGAUGGCCUCAAAGUGAAGGUAGAAGAAAACACGAGAAUCACAGUUAGUGGAUAUGACAAGUCUGAGAUUGGCCAGUUUGCUGCUUCAAUAAGGAGAUGGAGACCCCCAGAACCAUACAAAGGUAAGGGUGUCAAAUAUGCUGAUGAAAUAGUGAGGAGAAAGGAAGGAAAAGCAGGGAAGAAGAAGUAAUGGCCGUUCCAAUUUUCCAUUUUUAUUUAUCUCCUGUUGUUUUUCCUCGUUUCUUGGAAAUGGAAAUGUUGUGCAAACCGGAUAAUGGAAAUUCAUGUGUAUUAAGAUAAUCUAUAAUAUUAAUUGCUUAUUCGUCUCUC